AUUUUAGAGAGAGAGAGUGAAUGUUGUGUUGAGAGACUCUUAGAGAGAGAGAGAGAGGGAGGGACACAGAGAGAUCUUUGAGAGACCCACCAUUUGUGACUUGAUUUCCCUGGGAAAAAAGGAAAUGGUUGCAAGAACCCCACCAAAGCAGAAGAAAAUUGCUGCUCCUCUCAAUCCCAUUCUUCUCAGAGAAACUGUUAAGAAGGUGGAUCAAUGCAUGGCUCGAUUACAAGAGCUUCAGUACACAGUAGCAGGUGGAACAAAGGUCAUAUCUGGGAAAAGUCUCAGCCCUCGCAGUACCAGAGGUUAUCUAAAAACUAGUUUCAGAUGCAAGCAAGAGUCUCUCAGGAUCAAGAAUGCAGCUCCAAGAAAAUCUCCAGUGGGAAAAUUUGCAGGAAGUACAGGAGGAGAAUGGCGUCGAAUGUCGCUACCAGCGAUGCUUGUGGGAGAAACCGUCGGUGAAAUUCUACAAGCUAGUCAAUUUGCCAGAGAAAUUGUAGCAGCAACCAAGAAAACCUCCAUGGAUGAUCCAAAAACUCCAGUGACUCAAGGGAGAAAGCAGCGGCCACAACCCGAAAACACUGAACUGAGAGCUAGGAGAAACAGGGAGAAACAAGUUAGACUACAGUCUAUUCGAUCAGAGUCUGAUGCUCCAUCGCUUCAAAGGGCUCGAUCCCGGAUUAAUUUCAAGGUUGUGUCUCCAAAGAAAGGGGAGUUCAACAAAGAAAACUAUCAUCUUUCGGCUAACAGAGUGUCUCCCAGGAAUAGGCCAUGGGCGAGAAAAACUGUGAUGUUUCCCAACCCUUUGUUCCUUCACAAUACAGCUUCACACCAGCAGAAGUUCUGCAGAACAAGAUCUCCAGUGCUGGCAAAAACCCGAGAACUGCCACAUAAAUUCUUGAUCAAGUCCCCACCAUCAGCAUCCAAAUCUCAAGUCAAGAUCAAGAACCUGCCUGUUUCCAUCUCUCCCACAAGAUCAACAACUGCUUUGGGCAAGAAGUCGUCACCCAAGGUAUCGGCUGCAGUGAAGUUCCGCCGGUCAUUUUCACCUUCAAGACUGGCUAACAGACUUGUAUCUCCAUUGAAGAACAGAAAAUGUGUACAGAAGAGCGAUGGGUUGAUGAUGAUGAGUGGAUUGAAGCAGCGCCCAGCUUCUUCUUUGGUGAUGCCAACUCGACUGUCAGUAGAAAGAAUUUAAGAUAUUGUCUCGAUGUCCAUAGUCCAUUACUUUGAAUUCUCAGUAUUGGUGUGAGUUUUCCGGUGAUCCUUUGAUUCUUGUAUUGAUUUUUACUACCUUACUUUAUUGAUUCUUGUACAAGUUUGUGGGGUAUUUCAUCAAUAACGAUUGUGAACACACAAAUUACAGGCUGAAAAAUAAUGAAAGCAUAUAUAUGAA